AUGUCCACUUCUUUUUAUGAUUUAGAAUGCCAAGACAAGAAAGGUGAAAUUUUCAAGUUUGAUCAACUGAGGGGCAAAGUAGUUCUCAUAGUCAACGUUGCCUCCAAGUGCGGCUUCACCCCACAGUAUAAAGAAUUGGAAGAACUAUACAAAAAAUACCAAGAUAAGGGGCUUGUUGUUUUGGGGUUCCCAUGCAAUCAGUUCGGGAAGCAAGAACCAGGUUCUGAUGAGCAAAUUACGGAAUUCUGCCAAUUGAAUUAUGGUGUUACAUUCCCCAUUAUGAAGAAAAUUGAUGUUAACGGAAACAAUGCUGAUCCCGUUUAUAAUUAUUUGAAAAGCCAAAAAGCAGGUUUGCUAGGUUUCAAGGGUAUUAAAUGGAAUUUUGAGAAGUUUUUAGUGGAUUUCAAUGGUAAUGUUGUCCAAAGGUUUUCUUCAUUAACAAAACCAUCGUCCUUGGAUCAAGAAAUCCAAAGCCUGCUAAGUAAAUGA